UCCCAGCCGCCGCAGGUACUACAGAGACGCAUAAAAGUCCCAGAAAGAGGCGCAAAGUCAAUCACGCUUGUGUCUACUGCCGCCGAUCUGUAAGCCACCCAUCCAGUCUUGCCCAACAUAUGCCGCCAUCCCUAGCCAUUGGGUCCACGUCUGCGCGUAUGCGCCUGCGUGAGGCUUUGUCCCCUAUCUACCGUUGAUCUCUGAGACAGCAGCUGCCAUGCGCACGAACCCUGCCUAGCCACUCUCCCACAUGGCCUUGAUCUGAUAGACCCUCCUCCUACGUGUUUUCUCCCGCCCAAGUAUGACAAUUGGCUAACACUUAGGCUCUUGGGCUUCUAGCAUAUGACAUGCGAUCUUGAGAGGCCGUGUACGAGAUGCAUCAAAAGGAACAUAGCUCAUCUUUGCCAUGACGAGCCCAGAGAUCCGGAAGCAAAGAAGUCCAAGACUGGCCAUACAGCAGCCAGCCAGGACGAAUCAGAGCACCAACCUGACCUCGCGCGAAAUUCCAUAGACCAAAGCGAGACCGCGGCAAUGGGCCCGCCAUCUUUUAAUGGCAAUGGGGCUACCCAGAGCAGCAAGCAAGGUUUUGGUGCAGGUGCAGGUGCGCUGGGCCAGGCAAAUCACCUACAGCUUGUGUCACCGAAUCCGGUCUCCGGAAUACAGGCCAAUGCCUCUAACAGCAAUAUGAACCAAUUUGCCGGAUUUUCUGAUGCUUGGUUGACUGCUCAAAACCAAUUUCACGAUAUGCACAGCUACAAUCCCCAGUACAUGCUGGCCCCUGAAGUCACCCAUGAAUUUAAUCUCCUCAACGAUUUCUUGAACACCAGUCUCCUCGACGACACUGGGGCUUUACCAGAGGAUCAAAAUCUGUUCAGAAAUCACCAGUCCGACAUGGCUGGCUUACCGGGUAGCAACAAUCUGCUACCUCCCAGCGCCACGCAAGGUUCCAUGUUGCCGCCGAAUGCAGAACAUGGCAGCUCCAUUCCAAGACCAGCAAGCGUCAUACCCGUAGACAAAACACGCGAUUUCUAUCUGCAAGCUGCUGAUCCUUCUGGUAACGAUACGCCAGAGGAACGCAUGCAACGCGUCCUGAAGGCGAAAUAUGACGCAGGCUUGCUGAAGCCUUUCAACUACAUUAAGGGGUAUGCACGACUCGGCAAAUACAUGGAUAGCCAUAUCGCCCCUCCCUCCAAGCAGAAGAUCCUACGCCAGCUUGACCGCUUCCGCCCGAAAUUCCGCGAGAAGAUACAUGCCCUUACAGAUAUGGAGCUCAUAUACGUUGAGAUGUGGUUCGAGCGCACGCUGCUCGAAUAUGACAGAGUAUUUGCAGCAAUGGCUGUGCCAGCUUGUUGCUGGAGAAGAACGGGCGAGAUAUUCCGUGGCAACAAGGAGAUGGCGGAGCUAAUUCACGUUCCUGUCGAAAGGUUACGGGAUGGCAAUAUAUCUUUGCACGAAAUCUUGACGGAAGAAUCCCUCGUUCGGUAUUGGGAAGAGUUUGGAACGAUCGCCUUUGACCCUGCUCACGACAGUCUGUUGACGGCCUGUGCCUUGAAGAAUCCCGACGACGAGUCGAAAGAUCCUAUAGUAAACUGCGCAUUUUCAUUCAUGAUUCGGCGAGAUGACCACAAGAUACCCAGUCUCAUAGUGGGAAACUUCCUCCCACAUGAUCCCGCGCAUUGAGCCCCAGACUUCAAAGAACAAUUCCCGAUCGCCCGCAGCCGAGAUGAAUGCUGUAUUGUAUAUAAAUAUGAGGCGUCAAAUGUGCUCCUUGUGAACAGGUAUUAUUUGCUAGUCCGAGGUUGGCCGAUUGCGAUAGAUGACGAGAAGAAGUGGUGAGCCAAGGUGGUAUACCUUAU